AUGAUAGUUAAGGGGAUCAGUAGUAAUUGUGCCACCCCAAUUUGGAUCCCAGAGGGGUCAAUUGAAUUCGUGAGAGGCCUGGAUGUCCUCCGAGUGGUGGCUAGCUGUCCCAUCUGUCUGGACUACUUGAAAGACCCAGUGACCAUCAGUUGUGGGCAUAACUUCUGUGUCUCCUGCAUCAUUAUAUCCUGGAAAGAUUUAGAUGAGUUUCCCUGCCCUCUUUGCCACUUUUGUUGUCCAGAAAGGAAAUUGACAAGCACUCCUCCUGGGUCUUUGAUUGGAAUUGCUAAGCAACUCCAGAUAAGAAGCAAGAGAAAGAGGCAAGAAGAGAAGCAUGUAUGUAAGAAGCAUGAACAGGUUUUGCCCUUUUUCUGUCAGGAAGACCUAGAGCUUUUAUGUCCAAGGUGCAGUUUCUCCACUGAUCGCCAGCUUCACUGUGUUUGGCCCAUAAAGAAGGCUGCCUCCUAUCACAGGAAAAAAUUGGAGCAAUACAAUGCACCAUGGAAGGAGGGAGUGGAAUUAACUGAAAAAAUACUAACUAUACAAACCAGAAAAUUGUUAGAACUGAAGAAAAAGAUAGAAUUUUCACUCUUGUCAUCCAGGCUAGAGUUCAGUGGCACUAUCUCAGCUCACUGUAACCUUCACCUCCCAGGUUCAAGAGAUUCUCCUGAAUACCAGCAUUAA